GGCAUCGCCCUUUCGAGGAAGCAUCACUAUGCGCCUUUUCCUACUUCCCGUGUCGACGCGGCGCACUCUCAUCUAUUGCGAGCGCAUCCAAGAACACCUCUCGCCCACCAAGCCACCUUUGCAAGAGCGCAUAAUCAACAAAGCCUCGACCACCUGGGCUGCAUGGGAAAGGGCGGACAAGGGUUGGCAGAAGAAGCUCACAGUCUACGGCAACCAAAUCUUCAAGCGCAUCCCCUUUGAAGAAUGGGGCCUCAAAACAAUCCCGCCGGCCACCAAGAAGCGUCUGCAAGACGUCGACAAUGGCAAAUUGAAGGUCGACUGCUACUUCCCAGGCGCAUUUCUGAAGGAGAGCAAGGUAUUGGCACUCUUGCAAAGACUAGCUACCGAGCGACAGGCUUUGCAUAGGAAGCGCAUGUGGCAGUGUAUAAUCUGCGCUCCGUUCACCAUUCCAUUCGCCCUCGUGCCAGUGAUACCUAACAUUCCAUUUUUCUACCUUGUAUUCCGUGCUUGGUCGCACUACAAAGCUUUAUAUGGAGGCAAGAUGCUAGAGCACUUGACCGCGCACAAUCACAUCAACACUGUGGCAUCAGCAAAGAUGGACGAGAUGUACGCCGUCGGACUCAUUUCGCCAUCGCGAGAAGCUACCCGCGAAGCUACAGUGCCCACCCGCGAUGAGAUCGAGCAGAUUGCGAAGAUUGUCGAAACACAAACGGAAGGGGGCAGGGAAGAUGCCAUGCUUCUUCAGAAAUGGAAUGGCAAACUGCUUGCAGAAGGCUUCAAACUUCCUGGAAUGGAGAUUGAGAUAGAAAGAGCAGUGGAGCAGGUCGAGAAGGAUAUAAAAUCGAAGCAUGAAUUGAUUGAGGAGAAGCAGGAGCUGCAAGGUGCUUCUGAGAAAAUCGCCGAUGUGAAGAUUCAGGAGACAAAGAGAUGAUGAUGAUGAUUAACGAGAACACAGCACAAGUGGGCGUUCUUUUUGAAACAGCGCGGCGUUCGCAGAGGUUCGGGUAUAGACUUGGAUACACCACGCUUAUUGAAAUGUGUACAGAAGCAGCGGCAGCGGCAGCGAUGUUGCAUGAUGCUUGAACACAUCACUGACGCAGCCCCGAUCGAUGUUGUUCAGCGAUGCAGCAUCAUGGAGGAGUGAUCGUACGUGCAGAUCGAGGCUCGACAGUAUAGCAAGCAGACGCACUAUACUGGAGGUCAUCGCACCUCACCUC